UUCCUGGUGGGCGGGGCGGCGGGCCGGAGUCGGGCUCCGCAGCGCAGGCAGGGGCGCGCCGGGCCGGGAGCGCGCAGCGAGUCGGGAGCGCCGGAGCGUCGCGGGCCCUUCGUGCGUGGGAGCCGCCGCCCGGGACGCGACAUGUCGAAGCCGCCGCCCAAGCCGGUGAAGCCAGGGCAAGUUAAGGUGUUCAGAGCUCUGUACACAUUUGAACCCAGAACUCCAGAUGAGCUAUACUUCGAAGAAGGUGAUAUUAUCUACAUCACUGACAUGAGUGACACCAACUGGUGGAAAGGCACCUCUAAAGGCCGAACUGGAUUAAUCCCCAGCAACUAUGUGGCUGAACAGGCAGAAUCUAUUGACAAUCCACUGCAUGAAGCUGCAAAAAGAGGCAAUUUGAGCUGGUUGAGAGAGUGUUUGGACAACCGAGUUGGGGUCAACGGCUUAGACAAAGCUGGGAGCACGGCCCUGUACUGGGCUAGUCACGGGGGUCACAAAGAUAUAGUGGAAGUGCUGUUGACUCAACCAAACAUUGAAUUGAACCAGCAGAAUAAGUUGGGAGACACAGCUUUGCAUGCAGCUGCUUGGAAGGGUUAUGCGGAUAUUGUCCAGUUGCUUCUGGAAAAAGGUGCCAGAACAGACUUAAGGAACAAUGAGAAGAAGCUGGCUCUGGAAAUGGCGACCAGCGCGGCCUGUGCGUCUCUCCUGAAGAAGAAGCAGGGAGCAGAUGCAGUUCGAACAUUAAGCAAUGCAGAGGACUAUCUUGAUGAUGAAGACUCUGAUUAAUUCCCUGCCAGAGCAUGGAGAUCUCAAACUUCUGUUGCUUUUGCCUUUCCAAACCUUGCCUUUGCCAGAAGAAAAGAGUGUUGGUAAAUUAAAAAAAAAAGUAUUCUAUAUUAGUGUGGCAGGAUUUCCCUGUGUUCGGUUGGAACCUGUAAAUUCACUGUUUAUAGUUCCUACUUUCAGUUUAUGUUAAUUGCUGGUCACCCGUAGAUCAUGGUUACUUUGCAAACCACAGUCCAUUUUUGUUCUCCAGUGUAGGACUAUAAGAGAUUUAUGUCUAUUUAUCAAGCUAAAGAAAUUUAAGGUUUUUCUUUAAAAAGUGGGUAUGGAUUUAUAGUUAAAAUUCUUUACCUCAAAUGAGAUAUUUUGAGUGGACUUUUUUUUCCAAUGAGAAAUGCUUAUUGUAAUAAUGAAUCAGAAGAAUUAACACAAAAUUGUCAGCUGUCUUGACAAAAAUAAACAUUUGAAGAGAUGGUC